GCGGCAAGUAAGUAAAACGCCCGCAUCUUUGGCGCCUUACUCCACGGCUGUGACAGCAAGCCCACUUGUAAAUGAGCGCUUAAGGGCUCAAUCCCUCUCUCCCAUUCGGAUUCUGUAAAAAUGGGAGCAUUAGAUUCUCUGAAAGAAUUCAGUUUGCUGACAUGGAUGAGAGAAAGAAGACAGUCCAGAAGAUUGAUAUUGCUUAUCGUAUUCAUCGCUCUUUUGUUGGAUAAUAUGCUAUUGACGGUGGUCGUGCCCAUUAUCCCCAGCUACCUUUACACACUGGACGAUGAGGCAGCUGUGGAGGACAGGAGUACCCCUACCGCCAUGCCCUUUCCCUCCUCUAGCACGUUCCAGACCAUUAUGUCACUGUAUGACAACUCUACAUAUGAGAUCAGUGGGGUCAGCCUGCACUCCACUCUAAAACCGUUGGCACCGUCCACAUCCAUCGCCCCGGCCACCACUAACGCCACCGGAACAGACUGCCCCAAAGGAGACAAACAGCUCCUCGAUGAAAAUGUGAAGGUUGGACUCCUUUUCGCCUCCAAAGCCACUGUGCAGCUCCUCACCAACCCUUUCAUCGGGCCCCUCACUAACAGAAUAGGUUACCAAAUCCCCAUGUUCGCUGGCUUCUGCAUCAUGUUUCUCUCCACCAUCAUGUUUGCAUUCUCAAAGAGCUACACUCUGCUGUUUCUGGCCAGAUCCAUGCAGGGGGUUGGUUCCUCAUGCUCCUCAGUGGCUGGAAUGGGAAUGCUGGCGAGUGUCUACACUGAUGACGAGGAGAGGGGCAAUGCCAUCGGUGUAGCUCUUGGAGGAUUGGCCAUGGGGGUACUGGUGGGCCCUCCGUUUGGGAGUGUCAUGUACGAGUUUGUCGGGAAGACCGCUCCUUUCCUCAUCCUGGCUGUGCUAGCCGUGCUGGAUGGAGCGUUACAGCUGUUUGUCCUGCAGCCCUCAAAGGUGGAGCCAGAGAGUCAGCAAGGCACUCCAAUCCUCACACUUAUGAAGGACCCCUACAUUCUGAUCGCUGCAGGUUCCAUUUGUUUUGCUAAUAUGGCCAUUGCCAUGUUGGAACCAGCCCUGCCUAUUUGGAUGAUGGAGACCAUGUGCCCAAGGAAAUGGCAACUCGGUGUUGCGUUCAUCCCUGCCAGUAUCUCAUACCUCAUAGGCACGCACAUCUUUGGUGUUAUGGCACACAAAAUGGGCAGAUGGCUCUGCUCUCUUAUUGGAAUGCUUCUAGUUGGCCUCAGUAUUCUUUGCGUGCCUUUAGCCAAAGACAUCUAUGGACUAAUUCUUCCAAACUUCGGAGUGGGGUUUGCUAUCGGGAUGGUGGACUCCUCAAUGAUGCCUAUCAUGGGGUACCUGGUAGACUUGCGACAUGUCUCUGUCUAUGGGAGUGUGUAUGCCAUCGCUGAUGUGGCUUUCUGCAUGGGAUUUGCAUUAGGCCCCUCGGCUGGUGGGGCCAUCGCUCGGAGCAUCGGUUUCCCUGCUCUCAUGACCAUAAUUGGGAUCAUCGACAUCCUUUUCGCCCCGCUCUGUUUCUUUCUCAGAGAUCCCCCUGCCAGAGAGGAGAAAAUGGCCAUUCUCAUGGACUCCAACUGCUCGAUGAAGACACGCUCCUAUUCAAUGCAGGGUACAAGCUAUCAGAUGGGUGAUGACUUCGAAACUGAGAGUGAUGAGUAGCCAGUCUUUGUCCAGCAUGCACAUGAUGACCUUCAAGAGUAUCUAUUUUGUUGUAUACAAACUGAGAAAAAACAAGGAAGCCAAACAAAAUCACAAAAUCAAAAAUCUACGGGAAUGGGAAUGCCUCUGGGCUGUCAUUGUCACUGUCACUGUCCCACAAAAGGGAAAGCAAAAGGCUUUCUUGUUCUUGCCCCAACAGCUUACAAAAGAGCAUUUUGCAGGAAUCAAAGCCUUACUCAAACAGAAUGGAGGAUGAAAUUAAACAGGGUCUGAGUUAAAACAGGGUUUCCCUUAUAGGACGUUAAUAGUCAAUCAUUGACCCUGUGUAGGUCAUUAGAGGUCAAAAUAUGAUGGGCUCAUUCCAGUGACAGUAUUGACAGCUACUGAGUCUGAUUUGUAAGCCAAGGCACUUUAAAGCAGCUUGUGCUGAUGAGCUUCUUGUCAUCUAUGAAAGCUGUCUAUUCAUGCAUUUGGAUGUGUUGGUUCAUAAUUGUUUUUUAAAUGACCAUCUUCGAAACCUUUUUUGUAUGUUUUAUUCCCCAUUUACAAUAGACAAUAGAGGUGUUUAUAAAUCUUCCUCAAAGAUUUGGUACAUAAUCCACAUGGAAUUUUGAAGAUGAGAUUGUGGUGACUAUUCCAGAUGUUUACAUUUAGGCAUUUGCAGAUGUUUUAUCUGUUUGUGAUGGACAAUGGAGAUGAAAUGAAUCAUCUUUUCAAUACCAGUAUAUCAGCCAAUUCAUAUAUGGAAAACAUUUUAAGAGGUAUGUAGUCAUAGGUGUUGGAGGGAUUAUGAAACAGCCUUGAGUAUAAAACUAUUUGUUGCAGUAAGGGCUGCUUACUGAAUUAAGCCAUAGAGAGUAGCUGUUACCCUUCAUAGUAGCCUAUGUGUAUUAUUUUGAAAACAGCACAAUCCCAAUCCAUGACAUGAGUUCAGAUCCUGACCUUCAUUGAUAAAAUGAAGUGGUUGAGAAACUUGAGCAUCUCUGACCAUUACACAUAGACUCAAACUUAAUUUCUUGUAUAGAGACGGUAUAUUUUGGUAAAUUGUUUUACAUGUACAUGUAUGGGGGAAGGGACAAAUGAGUCUGUUUAAAGCCAUGGUUCCAUAGAAUCAUGGCAUUUCUUUCUGUCUUAACUAAUUGUUGUGUCUGCAGUCUUGUAGCUGUGUUGAUCACCGUCCGAGUCACAAUAUAUACUAUAAGAUAAACAACCAUGCUACGUACAGUUAAGGAAGUAUACACCUGUAUGAUUGGAAUGCUCUUACAUUUAAUAAUGUUAAAUAUUGAUUACAAUUUAGUGACAAAAUGACACAAACUUUACUUGAUCCUUAAUUCAUAAGACAUACCAUAAAUCACAUCAUAAACACGUUGUGGUAAAAAAUGAUAUCUGGUCAGCAGCCAUUAGCAGUGUGUAGUGAUACAACAUGUCAUGUUAUCAUUACCAGUGAUGGGACCAAACAUGUCUUAGAUGAAAUGAUGUUGAAGGAAGCCAUUUUCAUGUAUUGGAUACAGCCAGAGCCUGAUAGAGCCUCUCUCUAGGGCUCUGCAUAAAGCAUUCAGUUAGUUCUAAAUACAUGAAACAGGAAACACAAUAAGCCUACUACUAUUUAGAAGGGAAGUUUGUGUCAGUAAAGAUUUUGUGCUCAUUUUGUCCUGUUAUCUUCAACAUUCAACUCCCUUUGUUAUGAACAGAACACAGUUGUGCUGGAUAUUCAUUAUUAACUGCCAUUAUGGUGGCGUUACAGAAUCGACUAUAGGGGUUGAACAAGAUAUUUCUGAUGUGCCAAACUACCUUAACAUUUUGUGAAAAUGUUCUUGCCCUCUCUCAAAUCGGUGGAGGUACCAGUGAUAGACUAUUCUGUGACUAUUGAUAAAUGAAAAACAUUUCCACAUCAUGUGAAUGUGUGGACAGGUUGUAAUCUUGAUUUGUUAUCUUGGUCAUAUUUGCUAGAUGGUAAUUGUGUGAUACAGGUUCAGAGCAUUUCCAGUGUUCACCUAAACUCAAACGGCUUUGUAAGUAAACCAGACCAGAUGGUGAGGGUCCACCUGUGCCUUAUAGAAAACUUAAUAACCACUUAACAGAUCUUUAGGUCUGAGGUUUCAAGUCAUGUAAAGUCAGUCUUCAUUCAGAACAACCUAUUUGCCAGGUUCCAAUGUUCCAAUAUGUUAUUCAAACACCAUCGUUUUACUCUCACUAGAGUUGGUGUUUGACAGUAGCUUUCUAAGCACACAUUACCAUUAUAUACUAGACCUGUGCACCAGUUAUUGCAUCUGUUACAGACUUCAUCUAUGACUACAUCAGAGUACAACACAUAGCUGUGGCAAAAGAAUUUAUGUACAAUCUCACAGAAAAACUUGGUGUUGCACGAGGCUCAUACACUUCACUGAUGAGUUGAUGCUGUUUUAGUAAAGUCUUCAUAACACUUAAAAUCAUAACACUUAAGGCAAUAAGUGUAAGUCAAAUUCUGACUGCUCCUUAAGAUACUCUGAUUUUUAAGAUGCUUGUGAUCUGUAUAGAUAUCAAGUACUUUGUGUGUCUUAAGAGGUCUUACCCUUCAACAGAAGCACACAUACAAUGUUUCUUUAAAACGGCAGUCAGUUAUUGUUACGUUUGUUCAAACUAAAUCAAAAUAUUUAUUUAUCCUACAUUUUUGUUAAAGGAAGAAUAAUUCUCUGACAUCACUUUUCUGAAGUGAACUGUAUGGACCACACAUCUCACCUUCAACAGCCAUUGGGUCUGACCAAUGAUGGCGUGUCAGAAAAGUUCAGUUUAAGUGUAGCUGAAAUAUGACUGCAGAGUAUAUAUAGAGGAAGUUUACUGAACCUGACAUCCUGUCAACAGAUAUGAAAUUAUAUUGUGGAGAUUGGUAUACAUAUAUAUUUUUUGUUAUAUGUUUUGUAUAUUCUAAGUGUGCGACAUGCACAAUGUGUAUGCGUGUGUGUUUGCUGGUGGUGGUGCGUGUGCCUUUAGACCCUUGUAUGUCUUCGGUUUAUGUGUGUCAAUUAUAUCAGAUAUAAACUAUUGUAACUGGUACAAGCAAAUGUGGAUAUUUCCUCCAGAUGAGCCUUUGGCAGUCUGUGGAAAACCUCAGGCGUGUGAUAACUGUGAAUUCAGUGUCAGUACAGGAUUGAAAAAAAAAACUAAAAUAAAUGUUGUU